ACUCACACUCUAUGUCAGAGCGCGGCGUUGACAACCGCUGGCCACUGAUCAGCCUACUUUGCACGGGUUCGCGUCUCCAUGCAAGACUGCUGAAAAAGAAGCUGUUUCUCACAUUUUCUUUUACUUGCAAGUCAGGCAUCUAACGGAAAACAGCAAGCCCGUCCACGGCGACAAAAGCACAAGAAGUAAAAAGCCUCCAAGUGAUUUUCUAGGCUCACCACUGUCUGCACAAUGUCUGGAGAAGACGCACCUGCUCAGCAGCAAAACGCCGUGGACCAAAAGCAGGAGACCAAACCUACUGAGGAGCCAAAAUCCGAGCCACCCAAGACGGAGUCCGCACCCGCCGGCGCCGCAGAGGCAGCGGCCACCCCGGCGGCGACCACCGAGAAGGUCCCCGAAGAAGAGACCUUCACCUACCGCGCUCUGGUGCUCACCGGAUACGGGGGCUAUGAUAAAGUUAAGCUGCAGGUGAAGAAAGGCAAGCCGACACUCAAGGCUGGUGAGGUGCUGGUUCGGGUCAAGGCAUGCGGGCUGAACUUCGCCGACUUGAUGGCCAGACAGGGGCUGUACGACCGACUGCCGUCCCCGCCGGUCACCCCGGGAAUGGAGUGCUCCGGGGUGGUGGAGGCUGUAGGGGAGGAAGUAACAGACAGGAAAGUUGGUGAUAAGGUUAUGGUGCUGAACCGCUUUGGGCUGUGGCAGGAGGUAGCAGUGGUGCCAGCAAACCACACCUUCCUAAUCCCCGAAGGAAUGAGUUUUGAGAUGGCAGCAGCCCUGCCUGUCAACUACAUCACCGCCUACAUGAUGCUGUUUGACUUUGGGAACCUUCGACCCAACCAGAGUGUCCUCGUCCACGCGGCUGCAGGUGGCGUGGGCAUUGCAGCCACUCAGCUGUGCAAAACGGUGAAGGAUGUGACUGUGUUUGGCACUGCAUCAGCCAGUAAACAUGAGGCCAUCACCCAGGGUGGAGUCACACAUGCCAUUGACUAUCGCACCAAGGACUAUGUGGAGGAAGUCCGCAAGAUCAGUCCAAAAGGGCUGGACAUAAUACUGGACCCUCUUGGAGGAUCAGACACCCAUAAGGCCUACAACCUUCUGAAGCCUAUGGGCAAACUUAUUACCUAUGGAGCAGCUAACAUGCUGGCGGGCCAGAAAAAGAACCUGAUUGCUGUGGCAAAGAACUGGUACCACCAGUUCUCCAUUCACACACUCAGCCUGAUCCAGGGGAACAAGUCAGUGUGUGGCUUCCACCUGGGCUACUUAGAUGGGGAGACAGAGCUCCUCGCCCAGGUAAUGAACACCAUUCUGGAUCUCUACAAGCAGGAAAAGAUCAAACCCCGCAUUGACUCUACUUGGCAUCUUGAGCAGGUGGGCGAUGCCAUGAGAAAGAUGCAGGAAAGGAACAACAUUGGCAAAGUGAUCCUCACUACAGAGCCGAUGCCCGAGGAAGAGAAGAAGGAGGAGACCAAGAAGGAGGAUAAGAAAGAGGAUAAGAAGAAAGAUGACAAGAAGAAGGAUGACAAGAAGAAGGACGAUGCCAAGAAGGAGGAGAAGAAGGAUGACAAGAAGAAGGAGGAGCCUAAGAAGGAGGAGAAGAAGGAAGAGGAGAAGAAGGAAGAAACCAAGAAGGAGGAGAAGUGAGAGGGUUGGAUGGCUGGAUAGUCAAGCAGACCAGCAGGGAGUUUGUGUCUUGGGAUCUAGGGUGUGGUGUGGGAUGGUGGGGAUGGAUGUGGUGACUUAG